AUGGUAUUGGCUGCGUUUGGUGUUGCUGCGCUCUGCUGUCUCCUAGCAGUCGUUAUAAUUGUCGCAACAAUAAUUCAAAAAAAGAAAAAGAAGAAGAGGGAGGAAGCAGAAAAAUCGAAGAAAGUGUUGUUGGCGAAAAAGCCGCGUAAAAUGGAGUCAGCAAAUAUCAAUGCGACAAAGUUCACUCAUGGUGGAGCGCUUGUCCUUGAUGCGAAAUUACGCGGUCCAGUGGUGAGAAGCUCUAGAGAUGUUGCCCAGCUUUUCCUAUUCUAUCGAGCAGUCGGAAAAGUUUGA